AUGCACAAUCUCUCUGCUCUUCUUCUGGUAGCCAUCCUGGCCACGGCUGCGCUGGCCGCACCGACCGCCCAACAGGCCUCUUCCAACACCCUUUCAAAGCGUUCUUUCAUCGUUCCCAGAAUCCGCAAGGCUGGAUACAUUCGCAAACCCUCUGAGGCCAUGGGCCGCGCCUACCGCAAGUACGGCUGGUCGAUGACCACUCCAGAUGGCUCUCCUUGGGCUGCCGACUUCAACGCUGGUUUCGACGCAGGCGCUUCUUCUUCCACUUCCAACGCCCCUGGCAACGAUCGUCACAGUGUCCCGCAUACCCAUCUGUUCACCGAUUUCAAGACCUGGCUCUACGCAACUGUCUCGUGGGGUAACCCACCUUCAGGCGACUCUUCCGCUUCUGAAUCUGCUGCUCCUGCCCCUUACGCUGCUGCUUCUUCGGCUGUUACUUCCUGGGCCACUUCUGUUGCUUUUUCGACUGCUGUUUCUUACACAGCUGCCGCUUCUUCCGCGGUUGCUUCUUCCGCUGCGGCUGCGUCUACUGCCGUUUCCGUCUCCUCAUAUGCCCCUCCAGCCCCCGCCGCAUCCGCUGCGGCUCCUUCUACCAACCAAGACGACGAGACUGGAGAAGUCGUUGCUACGCCUGCUGAUAACGGCGCCGAGUAUCUCUCUCCUGUUACCAUUGGUGGCCAGAAACUUAACUUGAACUUCGAUACGGGUUCUUCAGACCUUACCGCCCUUACCAGCGCUCAGAUCGGCGAGCACAGCGCCUUCAAUCCCUCCAAGAGUUCAUCUUACCAAAAGCUCGAUGGCUAUACCUUCAGUCUCUCGUACGGUGACGGUAGCGGUGCAUCAGGUGCUGUGGGCUGUGACACUGUCGAUAUUGGUGGUGCAACUGUGACUCGUCAAGCUAUCGAACUGGCCACUUCCGUGUCAAGCGCUUUUGUUUCGGAUGCGGAUUCGGACGGUCUUGUCGGCCUCGCAUUCUCAUCUCUCAACUCGGUAUCGCCUAAACCUCAAAAGACUUUCUUCGACAACAUAAUGUCUGAGCUAGCGCAGCCUGUCUUCACAGCAAGCCUGGAUCUUGAUGGUAGUGGGACGUAUGAAUUUGGCACCAUUGACUCAUCCAAAUUCACAGGCGACUUGACUUUCACACCUAUCAACGUAGACUCUGGAUUCUGGCAGUUCGACAGCAACUGCUACAGCAUCGGUGGCGAGACAUUCAACAGAACCAACGCUACACCCGCCAUCGCCGACACUGGUACCAGUCUGUUGCUGCUUGACCCUGAGGUUGUCCAGGCAUACUAUUCCAAGAUCCCAAGCGCCAACUACGAUAGCACUGUUGGUGGCUACACGUACGACUGUUCCGAGAAGCUGCCUGACUUUGCAGUGGCUGUCGGAGACAACUACAUGGCCAAUAUCCCUGGAUCGGGCAUCACAUUCUCUCCAGUCAGCUCAAAGACUUGCUUUGGUGGUAUUCAGAGCAACUCGGGCAGCGACGUUCAGAUCUUUGGCGACGUGCUGCUCAAGCACCACUUUGUCGUGUUCAAUGGAGAGUCGCAGUGUCUCGGCAUGGCUGCCAAGGCCGAGUAG